AGGGUUAAGGAUUAUUGGAAAAAAGAGGAGAAGGGAGGGAGCCCCAAGGAGGCCCACGAGCGGGAGGCCGCACCUCCGGGAGCGGCGGAGCUCCGAGCCCUGUUGUGUGUUUGGAAGGAAGGAUACUGCUGCCAAUUUCUGGGACCGCUGCUGCGAGGAGUGGGCGUGGCCUCGGCGAUGUGGAUGCUUGUUAGGAAAGAUGCUGAGUGCUUUUCAGUGAGGAGUCAGGGCGGUGUGUGUGUGUGAGAGAGAGACAGAAGAGAGAGAGAGAGAGAGAGAAGGGGAGAGAGAGACGGAGAGCAAGAGAAGAGAGGGAGGAGGGAAGGAGAAAAAACGGAGGGAGGUGAAGAGGAAGGGAGGGAGAGAGACAGAGACCUAGAGGGGCUGAAGACCCAGACAGAGCUGGGAGAGCGACUGAGAACAGGACUGGAGCGCUCCGAGAGCCUCUCAAGAUCUUUUGGGGGAGCCCAAUAGAUGUGAACAUGGGAUCUGUCACGGGAGCUGUCCUCAAGAUGCUACUUCUGUUAUCUACUCAAAAUUGGAACAGAGUCGAAGCUGGGAAUUCCUAUGACUGUGAUGAUCCUCUUGUGUCUGCCUUGCCUCAGGCAUCCUUCAGCAGUUCCUCUGAGCUCUCUAGCAGUCAUGGUCCUGGAUUUGCACGACUGAAUAGAAGAGACGGAGCUGGUGGCUGGUCUCCACUUGUGUCUAACAAAUACCAGUGGUUGCAGAUUGACCUUGGAGAAAGAAUGGAGGUUACCGCUGUGGCGACUCAAGGGGGUUAUGGGAGCUCCAACUGGGUGAUCAGCUACCUCCUGAUGUUCAGUGAUAGUGGCUGGAAUUGGAAACAGUAUCGCCAAGAGGACAGCAUCUGGGGUUUUUCAGGAAAUGCAAAUGCAGACAGUGUUGUGUACUAUAGACUCCAGCCUUCUAUCAAAGCCAGAUUUCUGCGCUUCAUCCCUUUAGAAUGGAACCCCAAGGGCAGAAUUGGAAUGCGAAUCGAAGUGUUUGGAUGUGCAUACAGAUCAGAAGUGGUUGAUCUUGAUGGAAAAAGUUCCCUUCUCUACAGAUUUGAUCAAAAAUCCCUGAGCCCAAUAAAAGACAUUAUUUCUUUAAAAUUCAAAACCAUGCAGAGUGAUGGGGUUCUACUCCACAGGGAAGGGCCAAAUGGAGAUCACAUCACACUGCAGUUAAGAAAAGGAAGACUCUUUUUACUUAUUAACUCAGGUGAAGCUAAACUGCCUUCCACUUCCGCCCUGGUCAAUCUCACCCUGGGCAGCCUGCUAGAUGAUCAGCAUUGGCAUUCAGUGCUCAUCCAGCGUUUGGGCAAACUAAUCAACUUUACAGUGGACGAACACAGGCAUCAUUUCCACGCACGGGGAGAAUUCAGUUUCCUGAAUCUUGAUGAUGAGAUCAGCUUUGGAGGGAUUCCAGCACCUGGAAAAUCAGUGUCAUUCCCACACAGAAAUUUUCAUGGAUGCUUAGAAAAUCUCUAUUAUAAUGGAGUGAAUAUCAUUGAUUUGGCCAAGCAACAAAAACCACAGAUAAUUGCUAUGGGAAAUGUGUCAUUUGCUUGUUCACAACCACAAUCUAUGCCCGUGACUUUUCUGAGCUCCAGGAGUUAUUUAGCGCUGCCAGACUUCUCUGGAGAGGAAGAGGUUUCUGCCACUUUUCAAUUUCGAACUUGGAAUAAGGCAGGGCUUCUGCUAUUCAGUGAACUUCCGCUGGUUUCAGGGGGUGUCCUCCUCUUUCUGAGUGAUGGAAAACUUAAGCUGAAUCUCUCCCAGCCAGGAAAAUUACCCAGUGACAUCACAGCAGGUGUCGGAUUAAAUGAUGGGCAGUGGCAUUCUGUCUCUUUAUCUGCUACAAAGAAUCACUUGAAUGUGGCGGUGGAUGGCCAUAUGGCUUCUGCUACUCCUCUGCUGGGGCUUGAGCAGAUUUAUUCAGGUGGCACCUAUUAUUUUGGAGGUUGUCCUGACAAAAGCUUUGGAUCCAAAUGUAGAAGUCCACUUGGUGGAUUUCAGGGAUGUAUGAGGCUCAUUUCUAUCAGCGGCAAAGUGGUAGAUCUGAUUUCAGUUCAGCAGGGUUCCCUUGGGAACUUCAGUGACCUUCAGAUAGACUCAUGUGGCAUCUCAGACAGGUGUUUGCCCAACUAUUGUGAACAUGGUGGGGAGUGUUCCCAGUCUUGGAGCACCUUUUAUUGUAACUGUACCAAUACUGGUUACAGAGGAGCUACUUGCCAUAACUCUAUCUAUGAGCAGUCAUGUGAAGCCUAUAAACACAGAGGAAAUGCUUCAGGGUUUUACUAUAUAGAUUCAGAUGGAAGCGGACCCCUGGAACCAUUUCUUCUAUAUUGCAAUAUGACUGAAACUGCAUGGACCAUCAUACAGCACAACGGCUCUGACUUAACAAGAGUCAGAAAUACUAAUCCAGAGAACCCAUAUGCUGGGUUUUUCAAGUAUGUGGCCAGCAUGGAGCAACUCCAGGCCACUAUUAACCGUGCGGAACACUGUGAACAGGAGCUUACUUACUACUGCAAGAAGUCACGGCUCGUCAAUAAGCAAGAUGGAACCCCUCUGAGUUGGUGGAUAGGAAGAACCAAUGAAACACAAACCUACUGGGGAGGUUCUUCACCUGAUCUUCAAAAAUGUACUUGUGGAUUAGAGGGAAACUGCAUUGAUUCUCAGUAUUACUGCAAUUGUGAUGCUGACUGGAAUAAAUGGACCAAUGACACUGGAUUGCUUUCUUAUAAAGAACAUCUUCCAGUAACUAAGAUCGUGAUCACAGACACAGGCCGACCGCAUUCAGAAGCAGCUUAUAAACUGGGGCCUCUACUCUGCAGAGGAGACAGAUCAUUUUGGAAUUCAGCUUCCUUUGAUACUGAGGCUUCAUAUCUUCAUUUUCCUACUUUUCACGGAGAACUUAGCGCUGAUGUGUCUUUCUUUUUUAAGACAACAGCUUCAUCUGGGGUAUUUUUAGAGAACUUGGGGAUUACUGAUUUUAUACGAAUAGAGCUUCGCUCUCCGACAGUAGUGACUUUUUCAUUUGAUGUGGGGAAUGGGCCUUUUGAAAUCUCAGUGCAGUCACCCACCCACUUCAAUGACAACCAGUGGCACCAUGUGAGAGUUGAAAGAAACAUGAAGGAGGCAUCCAUUCAAGUGGAUCAGCUCACACCAGAGACACAGCCUGCCCCAGCGGAUGGCCAUGUCCUCUUACAGCUCAACAGUCAACUCUUUGUGGGUGGAACGGCCACCAGACAAAGAGGCUUUCUGGGCUGCAUUCGGUCUCUGCAGUUGAAUGGGAUGACCUUGGAUUUGGAAGAAAGAGCCCAGGUGACUCCAGAAGUGCAGCCAGGUUGUAGGGGACAUUGCAGCAGCUAUGGGAAGUUAUGCCGCAAUGCAGGGAAGUGCAGAGAAAGGCCCACUGGGUUCUUUUGUGACUGCACUUUCUCUGCAUACACAGGGCCAUUCUGCUCAAACGAGAUUUCUGCAUAUUUUGGAUCUGGCUCAUCCGUGAUAUACAAUUUUCAAGAAAAUUAUCUUUUUAGUAAAAACUCCAGCUCCCACGCUGCUUCAUUUCAUGGUGAUACGAAGCUGAGCCGAGAAAUGAUCAAAUUUAGUUUCCGAACAACACGAACACCAAGCUUGCUGCUCUUUGUGAGCUCCUUUUACAAAGAAUACCUUUCCAUUAUCAUUGCCAAAAAUGGAAGUUUACAGAUCAGGUACAAGCUAAAUAGAUAUCAAGAGCCUGAUGUCAUUAACUUUGAUUUUAAAAACAUGGCUGAUGGACAACUUCACCACAUAAUGAUUAACAGAGAAGAAGGAAUGGUCUUUGUAGAGAUUGACGAUAAUACAAGGAGAGAAGUUCACCUGGCAUCAGGCACAGAAUUCAGUGCAGUCAAAUCUCUGGUACUGGGCAGGAUUUUAGAACACAGUGAUGUAGACCAGGAGACUGCACUGGCAGGUGCGCAGGGCUUCACAGGCUGCCUCUCUGCAGUGCAGCUGAGUCACGUGGCCCCUCUGAAGGCAGCUCUGUACCCCAGCCAUCCAGACCCUGUCACUGUUACGGGACACGUGACCGAGUCCAGCUGUGUGGCCCAGGCUGGCACGGAUGCCACAUCAAGGGAAAGGACACACUCAUUUGCAGAUCAUUCUGGAACAAUUGAUGACAGAGAGCCCCUUGCUAAUGCAAUCAAAAGUGACUCUGCAGUAAUUGGAGGUCUGAUAGCAGUUGUGAUUUUUAUCUUGCUUUGCAUCACUGCCAUAGCUGUUCGCAUUUAUCAGCAAAAAAGGUUAUAUAAAAGAAGUGAGGCAAAGAGGUCAGAGAAUGUAGACAGUGCUGAGGCUGUUCUGAAAAGUGAGCUUAAUAUACAAAAUGCAGUCAAUGAAAAUCAGAAAGAGUACUUCUUCUGAUUGGCAGCUAUGAUUUAGCAUAUAAUUAUGACAGUUGGUUUUAAUAGCCAGGGGCUCUCAGUGGACAAACAAAUGCUCUUACGCUGAAUGUACAGGCAAUGAGUUUGCAGCCCUGCCGUCUUGCCAUGUCCAGGCUUGGGGUGGCUCCAGGAAGCCUUGUCCAGUAACGUAUUUCUCAUAGCAUUCAUUUUAUGGAACAAUAAAUUAGAUAUUGCUGUUAAUUUGCAACUGUUCUGGUAUGAUCUAAAACAAGUUUAACCUGCUUAAUGGCUGCAGUUUUUACAAGUGAAAACUGUAGCCUUGGUCUCUUAACCAUGUAAUACAUAAGUUUUGUUAGAGGUAAAAAUUAAAUUUGGACUAUAAUGACCUUGCUUUAUUUACAAACACUUACUGUGAUUGCUUUUGUCUUCCCAUGGUGUUAUUCACAGACCUGGAAAUGCUUCUCAGAUCCUGUUUGGCCGCUGUUUGCAUCUUCAGUGGCCACAAGCAUAAUAAAGCCCCUUUACCUUUCUCUGUAUUAUAUUCAAUACAAUACAUCAAUAGUCUCGAAAAAUGUUUUGUUGUCGUUGCUUUGUUGGUAUUGCUCAUUUUUCUGUUUGUCUCUUCUUAAUAAUGUUGAAUACAUUUGGUUUUGAGUGUCAGAUUUCAACUCUGAACAUGCAAGUUGUAUUUAACAAGACCCAGAAAGUGCAGUGGUUAUUAGUAUGUAAUGUCUUUCCUUUUAAAAAAGUUUUCCAAUUAAUUUGCUACCAUUGUUUGAUGGUGACACUACUUGAGACCCUGAGUAAUGUCAGUUUCCCAAAGAAUGUAAAAUGUUUUCAACUAAACUUGUUGAUAUAUUUAAAAAAUUCUUAACACAGCAAAAGUUAUUUUUUAAUUUACAACUGUAAUACCUCAAAUGAAAUAUACUUCUGAUGAUAUUUUCCCCAAACCUUAUGUCAGUUCGUUAUUGGUUUAUGUUUCUAUUUUUCUAAAGUUUAUCACAAAAUUUGCCUUGAUCUUCAAUGAUUAUACUUCACAAAUCAUACAUUACCAAAAAAAAAAAAAAAAAGAGGCAAAUUGAAGUAUUGAGUUCCGUUUCCCAAUCUGAAAUAUAUACCCCUUUGGGUGCACAUUUUGCCAUGCAAAGUAUGCACAGCACUUUCAGUGUAUACUUUUUGAAAUCUGAGCUGCAACCAUCGGUGAUCUACACAAUCAGUAAUUAAAGAAUGCACACUCUACAGGGAGAUAGCAUCUUAAAUGAUCCGUACUGAAUUUGUCAUUCUAGAUACUUCUUAUCUGAGACGAUGGGGUUCAUUUCUCAAAAAUUACCAAGAAUCGAUACAAGUUGCUGAAUGGUACAUUCUGGUCAGGGUGUAUUAUACAGCAGGAGAUCAAAGAAUGAUCAAUAAUCUUAUGAAACUGUUAGAAUAAUUAAUCCUGAGACCAUGCAUACAAGGGACUAUCUUUGAAUUCCUUAAGCCAAUUAUACAUUAAAGGCACUCUAUUGUCCAUACUCAGACCCUCAAGUGCCUCCCAAGUAAAUAUUGGAUUUCUUAGUUUGUCUAUACCAGAAGGAUCUGGAAAUAUGUAAAUUUAGCGUUACUAUUAUCUUAUUUUCUGUAUUUUCCUUCUUAACUCUUAUAAAACUGCCUCUCUUUUCUCAUAUCAUUAUAUCCAAAUUGAUGUUUCUGCAGAUGUCUGACUAAAUCUUAAGAACCUGAAUUAACCUAGUAGUUUAGGAAGGAUCAAGGACCUAUGUUGGUAAAUGGUAUACUCUUUGUUUGAGUGGUAGACCUAUGGUGACAAGUGAAGGAUUUAACAUAGAAAUGGUAUUAUUUAGUUGAUGCAAAACUGAAUGCAAACAUCAUUAGAGCUCUGAAUCUUUUGCAAAUGUUAUGUAAUAGCGUUAUUAACCUCAUUGGUAGCUGGUCUCUAGAGAGGUUUAUUGGUAAAGCCUCAUAGUCUUCUGUGGUCUGCACUGCAAGAGACUCAGCAUUAUGGCAUCAAAAUGCAUUGGCACAUACUAUGCCAGGACUUCGAUUUCCUGAUUUGUAAUCUCUUCUUUUAUUAUUAAUAAAAUGCAUUUUUGAACUAAAAUGCAAAACAGAAGUCAAUCAUUUCAAAGUUAUCUUUCAGUAGAUGCUUUUGACCUUCAGAAUAACAGAGUCCCUCAUGGAACUGGACAGCACUGACAUUAUUUAGUGUGAACACUUUCACAGAUGAAAAGUCUAAGAUGCAGUGAUAUCAAUUGAUGUUCCCAAGGGAACACAUAUCAGUGUGUAAGUGCCGAAGUUGUGACUACGGUGUUCUUUUUACUCCACGUGAUAUUGAUCUUAAUGCUUCCAAGACCUGGAAUUUUGGCAAUUAUUUAGUGGUGUAGAAAAAUCUGAAGGAUCUUGAUAUUCUCUUUGUCACCAAUGAUCUAUAGUUCUAUACCUCAUCCAUUAUCUUCGCUAAAUGAACAUCAACCUUGCUUUGAUAGGUCAUUGCUGUUGAUAGGUUUGGCUUUCUUUCAAAAUUAUUUGGUAGGUUUAUGGUCCUUGACUGCAGGAGAGACAGUUAUUACUGCUGAAGCACUUUGAUAUAGGCUUUGUGAAAUCCACAAUAAGAAUUUGAUGUCACUGAGGGAGUCAUCAAAUAUUUUCCUCCCGAUAGAUGGAUAAAUUAGACACAUCCUAAAUCAAUGCAUGUUCAAGCGAAUCAUUUGAUUUUCCAACGUAUGUAUCAACUAAAUGAUGAACAGACCGGAUACCUUCAAUAUGUCCUGGUUGUCUUCCACUUUUCCAAAGUCUGGAUGAGAGAGUGGUAACAUGGAGGAUUAAGUUUAGAAGCUGAAUGUCUUUGUGUUGGGGAUGUGGGUGGGUGAACACAUUUGUCUGUGCAAGAAAUAAGAAGUGAAGAUAAGGGUACAAAGUCGUGUGCAUAUAAUGUGAUUCAGAAAGCUGGAGCUUGGCUUGGAAUAUUUGCAAAUAAAAAUAGAAUGAGAUGGAAAAUAAAUCUGACCUACAAUUACAAUGGAUUUUCCAGUGCAAUCUUUAAAAAAAUCUGGUUUUCUAUUUUAACAUUGUGUUUAAAUAUUUAUUAAAAAUACAUGCACAUAGUUUAAAAAUUAAACAGCUCAAGAAUGCUUAUCAAAAGAAAAUAGCUUUCCAUUGCCAGAUCCCCUCCCCAUCACUUAUAACUCUUUUAACUUCUCUUUAACUCUCUCUACAUUUAUAAAUAACCUGCUGCUAUAGUGUGGGUUCCCUGGGAAGCAAACUUUGAGAAAGAGAUUACCUUCGGAGAAGUCUUUUAGGGGCUACUGUAGAGAUUAAUGCCUGUCGAAGAAAGGACGAUGUGGGAUGGGGCAGAUGGAGAAGCAGACUGUGGUGUGGUCGCAACAAGGAAUCAGCCGACCCUGCUGACAUGGUCCUUUAGUGAUGUCCCGAAUCAAGGUGGAGGAGAUGGGAAUUUAUACUCCUGUAUUGAACAGUCAUUGAAUGUUAACUGCUUCGUGAAGUGGGCAUGAACUUGGACAAAUGGCUCUUUUCAGUUUAGGUGGUUCCUGAAGUGGGAGGAAAAAUACGGCCAGCAGCUGGGGAGAAUAAAUUGCUGAAUCCUGAAAUAGGCAUCUCAGUGGCACCGUACAGCAUCUCUGAGGUUGUGCCCCCUGUGCUAAUCAGAUCCACCUGCUUCAUAUGAGUUCCGGGAGCGGCUCCUUCAGAACUCUAGUGAACUUUGUAUCUUGGACAGGAGGGAGGAGUACGGAAUAAAUCAUAGACCCUACCACUGUAGGUAGUCUCUUUGCUGUGACUUGUACUCAUCCUCUUCCUCCUCUACCAUCCACACCUGGUUCUGAUAUCUCCAGCUGAUGACACUACAAGGUUUUUGAACCCUUGUAUACAAUGACCUUCUCAGGGUAUAUCUUGCUGCACUUUGGCAGUUACCAUUGAAAUUGAUCAAAGAAGUAUCAACAUGCAAAUCACAAUUCUCCCUUCUUCAGAGUGUAAUGUCAGCUCCCUCACUUGCUGUUGGUUAGAGACAGUUAGUCCUCACAUAGUCUCUCAUAAAAUCUUGAAUCAGUGAAAGAUCCACAUUACAGCAAAGGAUAAGAGAAAGUGGGCACACUGCCAUGAAAUAUGCUGAUCCUGUCACAUACCAUACCACCAGAGGGGCUCUGUAGACCCCUCAACAGGUAGUGGUAGCCGACAGCUUGCAGGCAGUAAAGGAAAUCCAUACCUGAAAAAAGUAAUAAUUAUUUAUUUUUAUUUUUUAAGUUUUCAUUUAUUUUUAUUUAUUGUACUUUAAGUUCUGGGGUACAUGCACAGACAUGCUGGUUUGUUACAUAGGUAUACAUGUGCCAUGAUGGUUUGCUGCAUCCAUCACCUCAUCAUCUACAUUAGGUAUUUCUCCUAAUGCUAUCCCUCCCAAACCUCCCCACCUGCUGCUAUCCAUCCCAUAGCCCCCCACCCCCAAUAGGCUCCAGUGUGUGAUGUUCCCAUCCCUGUGUCCAUGUGUUUUCAUUGUUCAGCACCCACUUAUGAGUGAGAACAUGCAGUGUUUUGUUUUCUGUUCUUGCGAUAGUUUGCUGAGAAUGAUGGUUUCCAGAUUCAUGUCCCUGCAGAGAACAUGAACUCAUCGUUCUUAAGGCUGCAUAGUAUUCCAUGGUGUAUAUGUGCCACAUUUUCUUUAUCCAGUCUAUCAUUGAUGGGCACUUGGGUUGGUUCCAAGUCUUUGCUAUUGUAAACGGUGCCCCAAUGAACAUAUGUGAACAUGUGUCUUUACAAUAAAAUGACUUAUAAUCCUUUGGCUAUAUACUCAGUAAUGGAAUUGCUGGGCCAAAUGGUAUUUCUAUUUGUAGAUCCUUUGAGGAAUCACCACACUGUCUUCCACAAUGGUUGAACUAAUUUACACUCCCACCAACAGUGUAAAAGUGUUCCUAUUUUUCCACAUCCUCUCCAGCAUCUGUUGUCUCCUGAUUUUUAAUAAUUGCCAUUCUAACUGGUGUGAGAUAGUAUCUCAAUGUGAUUUUGAUUUUCAUUCCUCUAAUGACCAGAGAUGAUGAGCUUUUUUUCAUAUAUUUGUUAGCUUCAUAAAUGUCUUCUUUUGAGAAGUCUGUUCAUAUGAUUCACCCACUUUUUGAUGGGUUCAUUUGUUUUUUUCUUGAAAAUUUGUAUAAGUUCUUUGUAGAUUCUGGAUAUUAGCCGUUUGUCAGAUGGGCAGAUUGUAGAAUUUUUUUCAAUUCUGUUGGUUGCCAGUUCACUGUAAUGAUAGUUUCUUUUGCUGUGCAAAAGCUCUUAAGUUUGAUUAGAUUCCAUUUGUCUCUGUUGGCUUUUGUUGCCAUUGCUUUUGGUGUUUUAGUCAUGAAAUCCUUGCCCAUGCCUAUGUCCUGAAUGGUAUUGCCUAGGUUUUUUUCUAGGGGUUUUAUGGUGUUAGGUCUUUUUUUUUUUUUUUGAGACAGAGUUUCGCUCUUGUUACCCAGGCUGGAGUGCAAUGGUGCGAUCUCGGCUCACUGCAACCUCUGCCUCCUGGGUUCAGGCAAUUCUCCUGCCUCAGCCUCCCAAGUAGCUGGGAUUACAGGCAUGUUCCACCAUGCCCAGCUAAUUUUUUUUUGUAUUUUUAGUAGAGACGGGGUUUCACCAUGUUGACCAGGAUGAUCUCGAUAUCUUGACCUCGUGAUCCACCUGCCUCGGCCUCCCAAAGUGUUGGGAUUACAGGCAUGAGCCACUGUGCCCGGCCGGUGUUAGGUCUUAUGUUUAAAUGUUUGAUCCAUCUGGAGUUCAUUUUUGUGUAAGGUAUAAGGAAGGGAUCUAGUUUCAGCUUUCUGCUUAUGGCUAGCCAUUUUUCCCAACAUCAUUUAUUAAAUAGGGAAUCCUUUCCCCAUUACUUGUUUUGGUAAGGUUUUAGCCUUGUAGCAUAGUUUGAAGUCAGGUAGUGUGAUGCCUCCAGCUUUGUUUUUCGCUUAGGAUUGUCUUGCCUAUGCAGGCUCUUUUUUGGUUCCAUAUGAAGUUAAAGGUGUUUUUUUCCAAUUCUGCAAAGAAAGUCAAUGGUAGUUUGAUGGGGAUAGCAUUGAAUGUAUAAAUUACUUUAGACAGUAUAGCCAUUUUCACAAUAUUGAUCCUAACCAUGAGUAUGGAACGUUUUUCCAUCUGUUUGUGUCCUGUCUUACUUCCUUGAGCAGUGGUUUGUAAUUCUUUUUGAAUAAAUCCUUCACAUCCCUUGUUAAUUGUGUUUGUAGGUGUUUUAUUCUCUUUGUAGCAAUUGUGAAUGAGAAUUCACUCAUGAUUUGGAUCUCUGUUUGUCUGUCAUUGGUGUAAUAGGUAUGCUUGUGAUUUUUGCACAUCAAUUUUGUAUGCUGAGACUUUCCUGAAUUUGCUUAUAAGCUUAGGGAGAUUUUGGGCUGAGAUGAUGGGGUCUUCUAAAUAUAAAAUCAUGUUGUCUGCAAAUAGAGACAAUUUGACUUCCUCUUUUCCCAACUGAAUACGCUUUAUUAUUUUUUCUUGCCUGAUUGCCCUAACCAGAACUUCCAAUAGUGUUGAAUAGGAGUGGUGAGAGAAGGCAUCCUUGUCUGGUGCCAGUUUUGAAAGGGAAUGCUUCCAGUUUUUGCCCAUUCAGUAUAAACUGGCUCUGAAUUUGUCAUAAAUAGCUCUUAUUAUUUUGAUGCAUUCCAUCAAUGCCUAGUUUAUUCAGAGUUUUUAGCAUAAGGGCUGUUGAAUUUUGUCGAAGGCCUUCUCUGCAUCUAUUGAGAUAAUCAUGUGGUUUUUGUCUUUGGUUCUGUUUAUAUGAUGGAUUACAUUUAUAUUUUGCAUAUGUUGAACCAGGCAUACAUCCCAAGGAUGAAGCCAAUUUGAUCGUGACAGAUGAGCUUUUUGAUGUGCUGUUAAAUUUGGUUUGCCAGUAUUUUACUGAGGAUUUUCACAUCAAUGUUCAUUAUGGAUAUCGGCCUGAAAUUUUCUUUUUUAGUUGUGUCUCUGUCAGGUUUUGGUAUGAGGAUGACGUUGGCCUCAUAAAAUGAGUUAGGGAGGAUUCCCUCGUUUUGUAUUGUAUGGAAUAGUUGGAGAAGGAGUGGUAUCAGCUUCUCUUUGUAACUCUGGUAGAAUUUGGCUGUGAACCCAUCUGGUCCUGGCCUUUUUUUGGUUGAUAGGCUAUUAAUUACUGCCUCAACUUCAGACCUUGUUAUGGGUGUAUUCAGGGAUUCAACUUCCUCUUGGUUUAGUCUUGGGAGGGUGCAAGUACCCAGUAAUUUAUCCAUUUAUUCUAGAUUUACUGGUUUAUGUACAUAGAGGUGUUUAUAGUAAUCUCUGAUGGUAGCUUGUAUUUCUGUGGGAUCAGUGGUGAUAUCCCCAUUAUCAUUUUUUAUUGUAUUUAUUGGAUUCUUCUCUCUUUUCUUCUUUAGCAGUCUGGCUAGCAGUCUACUUUAUUGAUCUUUAAAAAAAAAGUCUCCUGGAUUUAUAGAUUUUUGAAGGGUUCUUUGUGUCUCUAUCUCCUUCAGUUCUGCUCUGAUCUCAGUUAAUUCUUGUCUUCUGCUAGCUUUUGAAUUUGUUUGAUCUUGCCCCUCUAGUUCUUUUAAUCAUGCAAUUAGGGUAUCAAUUUUAGAUCUUUCCUCAUUUCUCUUGUGGGUAUUUGGUGCUAUAAAUUUCCCUCUGGACUCUGCUUUAAAUGUGUCCCAGAUAUUCUUGUACAUUGUGUCUUCCUUCUCACUGGUUUCAAAGAACAUCUUUAUUUCUGCCUUUGUUUCAUUAUUUAUCCAGUAGUCAUUCAGGAACAGGUUGUUCAGUUUCCAUGCAGUUGUGCAGUUUUGAGUGAAUUUCUUAAUGCUGAGUUCUAUUUGAUUGCGUUGUGGUCUGAGAGACUGUGUGUUAUGAUUUCCAUUCUUUUGCAUUUGCUGAGGCGUGUUUUACUUCCAAUUAUGUGGUCAGUUUUAGAAUAAGUGCAUUAUGGUUCUGAGAAGAAUGUAUAUUCUGUGGAUUUAGGGUGGAGAGUUCUGUAGAUGUCUAUUAGGUCCACUUGGUCCAGAUCUGAGUUCAAGUCCUGGGUAUCCUUGUUAAUUUUCUGUCUCGUUGAUCUAAUAUUGGCAAUGAAGUGUUAAAGUCUCCCACUAUUAUUAUGUGGGAUUCUGAGUCUCCUUGUAGGUCAUUAAGAACUUGCUCUAUGUGUCUGGGUGCUGCUGUAUUGGGUUCAUGUAUAUUUAGGAUAGUUAUCUCUUCUCGUUGCAUUGAUACAUUUACUGUUAUAUAGUGUCCUUCGUCUCUUUUGAUCUUUGUGAUUUAAAGUCUGUUUUAUCAGAGACUGGCAUUGCAACUUCUGCUUUUUUUUUUCUUUUUUGUUCUCUAUUUGCUUGGUAAAUUUUCCUCCAUUCCUUUAUUUUGAGCCUAUGUGUGUCUUUGCACAAGAGAUGGGUCUCCUAAAUGCAGCACACCAAUCGGUCUUGACUUUUUAUCUGGUUUGCCAGUCUGUGUCUUUUGAUUGGGGCAUUUUGCCCAUUUACAUUUAAGGUUAAUAUUGUUAGGUGUAAAUUGAUCCUACCAUUUUGAUGCUAGCUGGUUGUUUUAACCAUUUGUUGAUGGAGUUUCUUCAUAAUAUUGAUGUUCUUUACAAUUUGGUAUGUUUUUGCAGUGGCUUGUACUGGUUGGUCCUUUUCACGUUUAGUGCUUCCUUCAGGAGCUCUUGUAGGGCAAAACAGUGGUACUGGUACAAAAACAGAGAAAUAGACCAAUGGAACAGAACAGAGGCCUCAGAAGUAACGCCACACAUGUACAACCAUCUGAUAUUUGACAAACCUGACAAAAACAAGCAAUAGGGGAAAGGAUUCCCUAUUUAAUAAGUGGUUGCGGCAAGACUGUUGUCCAUUUCAGGUAAGUGCAAACUGUUUCUAAAUUUCUUUUCUAAUGGGUUUGGAAGAUGAUACAUUGUUCAAGUUAUUUAGUCACCUAGUAUAUACCUGAGACCAUGUUAAUAUGUCCUAACUAAGGAACCACAUCUGAUGCAGCAACUGCAAUCAGGACUCUGCCUAAGUUUGUGGCAGACCAUUGUUGUUCUCAGCAUCCUCUGGUUUCUUCGGGGGCUAGAUCAUUAAAUUAACUGGAGGUACUAUGGGGGCCACUGACUUUGCAUGUUUUCAGUCAUUAAGGAUAGCAUGAAUCCUUGUCCCUCUGUCCCCCAGUAUACAUUUGCCAUUUUGGACAGUGGAACUCUGGAGGGAAUAGUUUCUGCCACUUGGAUUAUUUUACUGUCACUGCUCUUCUUAUGUCCCUGCAUUGUCUGAGGAACCAAAGUGGGGACAGUAUCAGCACUGGGCAAAUUCAUUCUAAUUAUGUAUUUGGAGACCAGGGAAAUGACCACUGGGGUCCAUUGGCUUGGCCUGAGCCAGGACUCUUUCCUGGUGCCGAUAUACCUGCACUCUUAUGAGGGAUGGAGAUAGACCAGAAGAAAGCUCUAGUUAUCAAUGUCUACUCAGAUCCUUUGUCCAAUAUCCUUGAAAUGCUUGUCUAUUCUCCUUUCUCCACAUAAUGUAUAGUUAUUGCAGUACGUGAUCAUCAUUUCCUCUAGAAAAGACAAGAGAAUCAUUAAUAUAUACACUCAUGGGGAUGCUGCAGGGUCCUUCCUCCUGCAGAUCUUUCUGCAAGCAUUCCUGCAGGCUCUCUUAUAUAGAGUGAAGUCUAGGUUUGAAAACUGACUCAUGUUUAAAAACAAAGGAUUGUUACUUUAAAAAACUUUGAGACAAUAAGCAUGUUACAGAAAAUUUGGAAGUGUGAUACCUUAUUACCAUCUAAUCUCCAGAUCGCAUAGAUUCACUAGCUGUCCCAAUGAUGUAUUUUAUAACAAAAGGAUCUACUUUAGAAUCAUGUGUUGCAUUCCGUUGUCAUCUAUUUUUAGUUUGCUUUUGUCUGUAGGAAUUUAUUAGGCUUUCCUUGACUUCCACACCCGUGACAUCUUUGUGAAGGUUAUAAACCACUUACUUAAUAUCACAGCCCUCUGUUUCAGUUUGGCUGAUGUUUCCUCUUGAUUGCUUUCAGAUUAUUCAUAUUAGUCAAUGACAGCACUGAACUGGUGCUGUGUUCUUCUCAUUGCAUCUUAACUGUGGGUGCGGUGCAUAAUUUCAAUUUGUUCGACAACUGAUGAUGUUCACUCUGAUAAAGAUGGUCUGUAAGGUUUCUCACUGUGAUGCUACUUCACCUCUGUCCCCCAACUGCAGAUCCCAGCAUUUCUCUGCUGCACGUUAGUGAGGCUGCCACUGUGUCAAUGCAUCCUGCACUUGCUUCUCUCAAGGAUGCUUCACAGCUGUCAACCCAAGGCUUCCUUUCUUCUCAUGCUGCGAAUUCCUUCCAUGUCAUUCCUGAUAUAUCUGUUGAAUCCCCAGUGUCUUCCUCCUUAUGCCUUUCUCAUGCUCGAUUGACUCCCUCAUUUUGAUGAAAUAAAUCUUGCAGUUCUUUCCAGAGAAAGAAUAUGUAGAAGGCAAGCAUUCUGAAAACUUUUAUGUUCAUAGAUAUAUUUAUUUCCACAUUAACAGAUUUGUGAAAUACAUAAUUGUAAGUUGCAAUUAAUUUCCUUUCAGGAUUUUUAUGACAUUGCACCACUGACUUUCAUUUUUAAAUGAUAGAACUUCAUUUGUAAAGUCUAUUGAUCUUUCUUCGUGAUUUCUUCCAUUGUUUUUUUAUUAUUUUAAAGUUUUCUUCAUUUAAAUACUGUAAAAGUAACUGAUUAACCCUUGUGAUAUAUAUCUCUGUGAGCUUAUACAAGUGCAUAGCAUUAUGCGUGCACCUAUACAAUCGUAAUAUAGAACUGUUUCGUCACCCCCUACGAUUCCCUAAGGCUUCCUCUUUGUGGUCCACACCUCUCCCCACUUCCUCACUCUGGUAGUCACUCAUCUGUUGUCCAUAUUUAUAUUUUUGCAUUUUCUAGAAUGCCAUAUAAAUGGGAUCAUACAGUAUGCAGCCUUUUGAGUUUGGCCUCUUUCACUUAAGGAAAAAUUCCAUUCCAUGUUUUUUUGCUGAAUAAUAUUUAUUAUAUGAAAGUAUCACAGCUUUUUCAUUCAUCUGUUGAUGAAAACAAGGUUGUUUCCAGUUUUUGCAAUUAUAAACAAAGAUGCUAUAAAACUCCCAUUUUGUUUUCUGCAUGAACAUAAAUUUUUAUUUCUCUUAGGUAAAUGGCUAGUAUUCGAAUUCCUGUAUCAUAUGGUAAGGGCAUGUAUGACUUUAUAAGAAAUUGCCAAAAUUGCUAUUUUAGUUUGCAUUUACACCAGCAAUGAGGGAGCAUUUGUGUGGGUCUGCAUUCUCAACACUUAAUAUUGUCAGUUUUUAUGCUUUGGGGUUUCCUUAAAUCACUCUCAUAGGCAUACAGUUUAAUAAUUCCAGAGUCCCCAGGAAAACCCUCAAUUCUGAAACCAUUUGUAAGUUUGAGGAUUCUCAAGAUGACCCUCAGUUCUAUAAUUUGAUAGAAUGAUUCACACUACUAUGGUGGUUUUAUACUUUAUUACAGCAAAACAAUACAGAUUAAAGUUACCAUGAAAAAGACACAGCAUCCAUAGAGUUCUAAGCAUGAACUUCCAGUUGUCAUCUCCCCAUGGACUUGUGAACACUGCUAAAUUUUCCCAGCAGCGAUGUGUGCAAUAUGCAUGAAGUAUUGCCCACCAGGGAAGCUUACUUGAGUUUUGGUGUCCAGAGCUUUUUACUGGGGCAUGGUCACAUAGACACGGUUGAUUGCCCUCAUGGCUCAAGUUAUUCUCCAAAAUCUUCUUCGCCAUAAAUCACAUUGUCUGCAUAGACCAUCUGAUGUGGUCAGAGUUCCUAUCAUAAAUCUCAUUAUUAGCACAGACUACUGGACAUGGCCUGAGGCCCCGAAGUAAACAAAAGCCUUCUUGUUAGGCAGGACAUUUGAAGACCUUAGAGAUUACUUUUCCAGAGAGAAAGGCAAAGGCCAGGUCUCUCUUUGGGCAAAAUUAAUCCAUACUGCCCACUCUUUUGUUAUUCUUUCUUUCUAGAAGUUUCAUUUUACGACCUGAGUUCAUACUCUCUUUUUUUCCCCUUCACAUAUUCUCCAUUUUUCUUCUAAUUUUUGGAAGGCUUUUUCAACUUUAUCUUCCAGUCGUUCUGCUGACAACUUUUUAAUUUCAGCUUUCAUAUUUCACAUUUCCAAGCUCCAUGAAUGCACUUCUCCCAGAGUUCCCUGAUUUAUUUUAUUUGUAUACUGACUUCUAUUAUCUCUUUGAUCAUAUUAUUUAUAUUUUUUUGAAAAUUUAUUUUACUCCCUACAUUCUAUCUUUUCUUCGAAUCACUGGGGUUUGCUACUGACUUGUUUUUGUAUAUUUCUUAUGGCAAAAACUUCUCAAGUAUCUGAUGAGAUUGGUUCAUCAUUUAUGUAUGGGAGCAAAAAAGUAACACCUGAAAGUUAUAUUUCAAAUGAGCCUUUCUUUUUUUGACACUAACUGCUUUAGGAUGAGCUUCUAUGACUGUGUAUAACAGGACAAGAAUUCCUCAUAAUUCUGUUUGUAGAUGUUUACUCUACCCUUUCUUUAUUACUUUUCUAUUGUUGCUGUAACAAAUUUCAACCAUAUAGAGGUUUAGCACUGCACACAUUUAUCACCUUGCAGUUCUGUAGACUAGAAUUUCAAAAUAUGUCUUACUGGGCCAACAUCAGUGUUGGCAGGAUUGUGUUUUCUCCUGGAAGCUAAAAUAAAUUAGUUUUCUUGCCUUUUCAGCAUCUGUUUAUUGUCCACAGUCUUUGUUACAUGAUUCCUUCUUUCUUUUGUUUCUUGAGCUGGAGUCUUGCUCCAUCACCCAGGCUAGAGUGCAGUGAUACAAUCUCAGCUCACUGCAACCUUCACCUCCCAGGUUCAGUGAGUCUCCUGUAUCAGCUUCCUGAGUACCUGGGAUUUCAGGUGUGCACCAUCAUACCUGGCUAAUUUUUGUGUUUUUAGUAGAGAUGGGGUUUCACCAUGCUGGCCAGGCUGAUCUCAAACUCCUGACCUCAGGUGAUCCAUCCGCUUUGGUCUCCCAAAGUACUGGGAUUACAGGUGUGAGCCACCAUGUCCAGCCUCUUUAUUUUCGAAAUAAGCAAUGGCAGAUCAAGUUUUUCUAAAAAUACGUCACUGAGACCUCCUCUUUUGCCUCCUUUUUUCACUUUUAAGGACACUUGUGAUUAUAUUGAGACCACAAUCCAGAUAAUCAAAUCAUUAAGCAUAAUGUCCCUAUUUAAUGCCAGUUGAUUUGUGUCCUGUAUUGCAUCUGCAACCUUAUUCCACUUUGCUGCAUAAGGCAGGUAUUCACAGGCCACAAGGACUAGGAUAUGGACAGUUUUGCAGGGCAUUGUUCUGCUUAUCACACCCGCUUUCCCAUAAUUUGCUUCAUCCAACUAGGCCUGAGAUCCUUCACUCUGGAACUCUUUUGUGUAAGCUUUUCCAGGAAGAAAUCUGUUUUUAGGUGUCUCUUUAUUUUUCUAUGUACAAAAUUCUUGGGCUGUAACUGCCUAUGCUCAUAUUUUCUGAGUCAGAAAUAUCAUGUGUAGUUCAUUUCUUUUUAUAAAUCUAUCUUACAUUUAUUAUAUGAAGGAAAUGCAAAUAGUGAAUCUAACUGGAAUGAAACUUAGACGCCUUCCAUGGCCCUGGCUGCCAGCUAACCCUUCCCUCCUUCUCCUAAGAAAGGCCCAAAAACUCUCACAACUUGAAUUGCUUAGUACUUUCAUCUUGUUUCUGAAAAUGAGAAGCAAUAAUAAUCAUUUUUUGAGGCAUCCUUACAUUAUGAACGUCUGUUUUAUCAAGCCAGGAACUACCAAGACCAGUUCUUAUCAUAAUUUUUUCUGUCAUUCCAUAGUAACUUGGGUUUGCUCUUGAUAAAUAAUUACCUUAUUUCAUAUGCUGAUACUGGACAUGAAUUUAUGCCCAUUGAACCAGCACAUCUGCUCCAAAGCUAUUCAUUUGAUAAACUUUCUGGUAAAGUUUGUUCUUAUUGAAUGAAUUCAUGUUUUCAUUCAAAACAAGCUGUUAUAAAUGAUUCAUGUUUCUCUGUAUUUUCAACAGGAACAAAUUAAAUUUUUAAUUGAGCAGUGAAAUGACCUGUUCUUUCAAAAUAUGUAUUAAAGAAAUAUGAUCACAAAUGACUAUGAGGAAUGAAACAUGUCUUGCAAUGAUAUUUUUCAUUUGUUGGAGAUCUCUGACAAACUUUUCUCAGUAGAAAUUUAUAGCACCAAAUAAAUUAUUGGAGAAUAGCAUCUUCUGGAAUGAGAAUAUAGUUAUAUGAAAGAAAAUAAAACACACAUGGCAAAAGUACUAUAUUUUAACUCACAAAACACACAGAAGAGAACAUGACAAAAGCAAUUUCAAAUUACUCACAGUCCUUAUAUUAAGAACUAUUGGUGAUAAUGUUGAUAAUACUUUUUGAAUGGCAUUACGUUUUCUGUCUGCACAUCACUUUUCUCCCUAUGAUUCAUAUAAAAGAAAGAAAAUCUCUCAUCUUUCCUGAUGACUUUCCUGGUGGAAAUACAGUCCCACCUGACUUUACCAUAGUUGAAAUUUCAUGAUGUAUGAAACUGAUACUGUGUCAAAAUUCCCUAAAAAGUAUCUUUUUAGCAAUUUUACUUUUUCUGUUGGCUUUUAUAAUGAAACUGAAGCUUAGGAAGUUAAACUAUAAGACAUAGUAUAAACUCGGAGGUAGUCUUAUUCUUGAAAUCCACAGUUUGAAGGGAAAUAUCUUUUGAGAUAUUAGUAAUAUUCUUUUUAAAAUUGCUACUAGUUUUCCAAAAUAAAUCAUAGUUACACACAUGCAGUGAUUUCUUGCUGUAUGAAUGCAUUUCCUUUAAAGGAGUGGUUUGGGGAGAGGUGUAGAAUCUCCUUCUGCUUUCCAGGCAGUUCAGUGAAACCAAGGCAGACUUCAGCAUAAUUCACACAGCUUUCAAAUACCAUCCAUUUCUUUAACACCCAAAUACAAAUAGUUUGAACUUCUGUCUUGAGACUUCAGAAAGUUAGAUCUUCUAGGUAGGUAACUUCUCUCCUCUGCACUUUUCUAGAGAUCCUAAAAGAAUGGUGUCAGAUUCAACUAACUCAUUUUUGUGUUGAUGUUACUUCAGCCAAUUGGCUCACAUUAGACUAUUACUUAGUGACCAAACUAGAGUUUAAUUUACCCUUGUUUUUCAUGACCAACUGUUUCUGGCUGAAGCUCAGGUCUUCCCCUUAAUAAUUCAGAAGAUACAGUGAUGUUGACUCCAUGUUUUUUUUUUUUUUUUUGAAAUGGAGUCUCACUGUGCUGCCCAGGCUGGAGUACAGUGGUGUGAUUUUGGCUCCCUGCAACCUCUGCCCCCACCCCCACCCAGGUUCAAGCAAUUCUCCUGCCUCAGCCUCCUGAGUAGCUGGGAUUACGGGUACCUGCCACCAUGCCUGGCUAAUUUUCGUAUUUUUUAAAGUAGAGAUGGGGUUUCAUCAUCUUGGCCAGGCUGGUCUUGAACUCCUGACCUAGUGAUCCACCCACCUUGGCCUCCCAAAGUGCUGGGAUUACAGGCGUGAGCCACUGAGCCUGGCCGACAUCACAGGUUUUAAGAUAAAAAUUAUGGAAGGUUUGGAAACAACAGACAAUACCUAUAUGUGCAGGAAAAGUGAAUUCAGUUGGAUAUCUGCUAUCACAUUUCCUAGAAUCCACCAAUCAUGUCGUCCAAGGAUUCUCCUACUUAGUCUUCCUUCCUUUGUCCUCCCGCCCAGGUGGUACAAUUCUUACCCCCCAGGCCUAAAGGUCACAGUUCUAAAGAAGGGACAGUUUCUGGUCAACACCUAAUUUCUUUCUGCCCAAGUGUCAAUGACAAUCUUACUCUUUACUGGAAACCUCUAAUCAGACACAAGAUAGGCUCUAGCUUCCAAGACAUUGACAAGAAAAUCAAAAUGUUUGAUAAUGCAUUUUUUCCACAGAGCAUAGAAUAUUUAUCCUUGCAGAGUACCAGCUAGAAAAUUCUGGCAUACUCUCUUUUACAUCCUGUAGACCCACCAUUGGGUUGACAUGAAGAUCAGCCUUAUUUUUCAUGCUCUGCAUCUUACUCCAGCAAUGCAUCUUUCAGCAACCUCCCAUUGCUGAUGUCUUCCAAUGUGUCACGUUUCAUGGAAGAGCAAUGCUAUAUACCUAGCUGUGAAAAGCUGAAAACGAGCCAAGAGUCCAUGCUCAUCACACUCCCUAUGCAAUUUAUAUCCACAAUUGGUCUAUUUAUUUCUUAAAUAUAUCAUAAAUCUAUCCCAUAUCUCUUUCUCCAAAAAUCCCCAUUCAAUUGUCAUCUCUUGGAUAGUUCAUUGAAGUGGCUGCCUAAUUAGCCUGUUAUAUCAGGACUAUAAAGUUCUCAACUGAUGGAGUUUGGAUCUGUGUUCUCACCAAAUCUCAUGUUGAAUUGUAAUCCCUAAUGGUGGAGGUGAGGCCUGAUGGGAGGUGAUUGCAUCACGGGGCUGUUUCUCCUUAGCGGUGUAACACCAUCCGUCUCCAUGCUGUCCACGCCAUAGUGACAGUUCUCAUGAGAUCCGGUUGUUUGAAAGUGUGUAGCACCUCCCUGCUUCCUCUCUCUUGCUGCUCCUGCCACGUUAGAUGCCUUGCUCCUCCUUUUCCUCCCCAGUGAUUGGGAGUUUCCUGAGGUCUCCACAGAAGCAGAAACCUUUAUGCUUCCUGUAUAGCCUGCAGAACUGUGAACCAAUUUAAACCUCUUCUCUUUACAAAUUAUACAGUCUUAGAGAUCUUUCUUUAUGGCAGUGCAAGAAAGAAAUAAUGCACCGACGUAUUAGCCAUUCUCUAAUUUGCAAGCCCCUAUGUCAUGUCUUACUCACUGUUUCUCUUUAGCACUUUCUUCUCAUUCUUAGGAUGAAGGCACAAUUUUGUAACAUGGCUAUAACUAAACCUCCUGAGGUCAGGAGAUGUGUCUUUUUGUGUCUUACAUUGAGUUCCCAGCACUUAGCACAGGGUUAACUGGUAAAUAUUGAUCAAAUAAAGAUGAAAAAUAUAUUGUUUUCUGUACACAUAUAAUUGAAGGGUCCAUUUCUGGUGUCCAUAAAAAAUGAAGUGCUGGUGCAAAGAAUAAAAAAUAAUUGACUAUUUUCACCCACAGCACUUGAAGGACCCCUGGUUAUGUUUCAGUGCCACUUCUGCUGUUAACAAAAGAGAUUUAUCCCUUCCCCACAUCACUCUCUUUAUCAACAAAUAUAUUAAUUAAGUUUUUUUAAUUGAAGUGUCUUAUAUGAUACCAUAAGUAAGAUAAACCUUCUUACACCUCUCCUGCAGUCAAGCAAAAAAGAAAGAAAAAAAGCCAAGAAAAAAAAUUGCCAAACUCAUUUAAGAAUGCUCUUAAUGAAACUAUAAAAAUUAUUCGUUUAAUUAAAUCUUGACCCUUGACUGCAAGUCUUUUCAAUGUACUGUGUGUUAAAAUGGGAAUUACUCAUGAAGUAUGUCUGGUGCACUCUGAACUAUGAUGCACAGAAAACUUUGUUUUUCAGUUAUAAUUACUCUAUGGUCCAGCCCUUGUAUCUCUUAUUUGCUCUUAAUAAAAUAUGCUAGCCUCCAUUCCAAUUUUUUACAGUUUAUGAAAGAGUGCUGUCAUAAUCAGUUGUUUAUUUCUGUCUGUUCAGCAGUAAUCAUGCCACUAUGUAGAACUGACAGCUAGUUGCUCAACAAUUAUUUGAUGCAAAACUUCCUUCAAGUUCAUGUAAUAUAUAUAUUCACGUGUUAUAUAUAUGUUAUAUAUAUUCAUGUUAAUCUAUAUAAAAUAUGUGAUAUAUAUAUAUACAUACACACAUAGUGUGUUGACAAUUACAAACACUGUUAUGAGCAUUUGGAUUAAAAGAAAAAGGAUAUAAUUUUAGGAUAAUAAAUUAGACAUGCAUUUGAAACGGAAAAGAUUGGGAGUUUUCAAUAUUGUAGUGGCCUUAGAUAAGUUGUUGGUGUAUCAUAUUUUCUAAUACAGUUCUGAGGCAGGAUAGGUAGUCAAGGAAGUGAGCAUGUUCUCUUGGGAGGCAGUGACCAUGACAUCCAUUCAGUCAACACAGUAAACCUCAACAUUCUUACCGUGAUUGAGUUCAUACAAGCAAAACAAUCUUCAGUACGGACUUGCCCUUCUAGAGAGCAUGCGUAUUUUGAUUUUACCUGUCCUUGAACUGACCCUUUGGUCAUUGUAAUAGUAAAAAAACACACCCCUGGGUAGAGAUUUAAGAUGCUAAUGCAACAUGUGAUGUAUGAACAAGCAUGUACAGCUACACUGCGCAUGGGCACCCAGAAGACCAGACAGAACAUGCUUCCCAGCAACACCUCUUUCCACUUCCUUGUGAAGAUUCAUGUAAGACUACCAUAAAGGGAGUCUUCCUAGUGCUAGUCUUUGCUGUCUCGUUCUUAUGAGCAGCCCACCCUGAAUUUCCUCUCUCAGCAUACUGUCUAUUUUGUGUUUAGCUUUCAAAAUAUUAUUUUUCUUUUACAAUAAAUUCCUCCAUGCUGAA